ACUGAGAACUUGGGAGCACCUCAAAAAUGCCAAUGCUUCUCAUACCGGCUGAGACCAACUGCUAACCAGAGUGGGACGUUUUUACAAAGGUCAGGAACGGAGUUUCAUGACCAUAAAAGCCUGCAUACUUUUAGUCUUUAUCCUGGAUUUUGGAACGGAAACGAAGCAGCAGAGGGUCUGAGGCUGCCCAGACUCAUAAGGAAACUGAAAGCUCAAUAGGACAAGAUGGACUCCAAGCAAAAUGGCCACACAGAGGUCCACGGACCUGUGGCUGGUGUAUUUCUGGAGAAAACAAAGGAAAAGAUUACCAUUUAUCAAGCCAUGAAGAAACGUCUGCUUAAGGCAGGAACAGCAUUAGCCCUGCUUGAAGCACAAGCUGCCACAGUAGGCAUUGUAGACCCAAUAAACAAUCGAAUACUUCCUGUUGCUGAUGCUGUUAAGGAGGGAAUAGUUGGACCAGAGAUGAAAGAGAAACUCCUCACAGCCGAGAAAGCCGUCAGUGGAUAUGUAGACCCCUACACCAACCAAAUUAUAUCUUUAUACCAAGCAAUGCAAAAAGAUUUAGUCCAAAGAGACUAUGGAUUGAGGCUGCUGGAAGCACAGAUCGCCACACAAGGCCUGUUUGAUCCUGUUGAGAAGUCAAAUAUCUCAGUUGAAUCUGCGAUUCAAAAGGGCUUCUAUGAAAAAGGUUUGCUCAAUGACCAGAUGUCAGAGCUCAAAGUGUACUACAAUCCAAGUUUACAAGAAAAUCUUAACUACCAAAACCUCCUAGAUAAAUGCACUGUUGAGCCUGACACAGGCCUGUUGCUCAUUCCUGUUUGCAUCACAUUCAAAGGUCUGCGGAGAGGUAUUUCCUCCACUGAACUCCUUGAAUCAAAGGUCAUUGACAAAAAAACGUUUGAUGACCUACAGAGGGGAAAUACCACAACACAGGAUGUGAUGUUGAUGGAAACAGUGAAAGAAUAUCUGCAAGGCAAAGGCAGUAUCGCAGGCAUUGCUGUACUCUCAUCCAAUCAGAGAAUGAGCAUUUAUGAAGCCAUGAAGAAGGGCGUACUGAUGCCUGGGACAGCACUAGUUCUACUGGAGGCACAAGCUUCAACUGGAUUCAUGAUUGAUCCUGUAGAAAAUAAGAAGUUCACUGUGGAUGAGGCCAUCAAAAACAAACUUGUUGGCCCUGAAUAUCAUGCAAAGCUGCGUUCUGCUGAGAGAGCAGUAAUUGGAUACAAGGACCCAUUCACAGGCGAAACUAUAUCCCUGUUUCAAGCACUGUCAAAAGACCUCAUAGUUAAGGAACAUGGGAUCCGCCUACUUGAGGCGCAAAUUGCCACUGGUGGAAUAAUAGACCCCAUCAACAGUCACAGGCUUCCAACAGAUGUGGCCUUCAGGAGAGGUUAUUUUGAUCAAGAAAUGAAAGCCAUACUAGAGGAAUCAGGGGACGACACAAAGGGUUUCUUUGACCCAAACACAGAAGAUAAUCUAACUUAUCUUCAGCUGAUGCAAAGGUGCGUCAUUGAUCCUAACACUGGACUGUGCCUCCUCCCACUCCAUGAUAAGUCAGACAGGCUGAAUUUUAACUUCAUUGAAUACGACACUAAAAUGGCCUUUAAAGAGGAGAAGGUAAAUGUGACAUGUGGGAAGUACAUGGGAAUGACAGUAUCUCUGUGGGAACUCCUGAUGUCAGAAUACUUUGAUGAAAGCCAGAGGCGAGACAUCAUUCAGAAGUACAGAGAGGGGAAGCUCAAUAUCAAGAUGAUUAUCACAACAGUCCUGGAAGUCAUAGAAAAGUCAGUGAAAACAACGAAUGUCAUCUUUGAAGGCAUCAGAGAAACUGUCACUGCCAAACAGCUUGUUGACGCAGACAUCAUUAGUAAGGAGGUUAUGGAGGAUCUGAAAAAGGGAAAAAUGUCAGUGAAGGAAGUGAUAGAAGAUGAAAAUGUAAAUGUCUACCUACAGGGGAAAGGCAGCAUUGCAGGAAUUCUGCUUCCUGAUUCUCGCAUCCUGACCAUCUACCAGGCCAGACAAAAAGGAAAUCUGAUGCCAGGAACUGCUCUGAUUCUACUGGAGGCACAGGCAGCAACAGGGUUCAUAGUUGACCCUAUCGGAAACAGGAAGUUUUCAGUGGAUGAUGCUGUCAAAGCAAAGAUUGUAGGGCCUGAUUUGUGUCAGAAGUUGCGCUCAGCAGAGAAAGCGGUCACUGGGUACAAAAAUCCAUAUGAUGGCCAAAUAAUCUCUUUGUUCCAAGCCAUGCAAAACGAUCUAAUCCUAAAAGACCAUGGAAUUCGACUUCUGGAGGCACAAAUUGCCACUGGUGGAAUCAUUGACCCAGUAAACAGCCAUCGCAUUCCUGUCCAUGUGGCCUAUAAGAAAGGAUAUUUUAAUGAGGAAAUGAAUGAGAUCCUGAGGGAUCCAAGUGAUGACACCAAAGGAUUCUUUGAUCCCAACACCCAUGAGAACCUGACAUACUUGCAGCUCAUGGCCAGAUGUGUCAAAGAUCCCAGUACAGGUCUGUGCCUCUUGCCACUCAAAAGCAAAAGCAGCAGAAUUAACAUAGAUGAUAAUCUUAGGGAAACGUUCAAAACAACAACAGUUACUGUUAAGUAUGGCAGGUUCAAGGGCAAGCACACAACACUGUGGGAUCUUAUCAAUUCAGAGUAUGUGACGGAGGACAAAAGACAGGAGUUUUUUAAACUCUUCAAGUCAAGGAAAAUCACAAUUGAGCAGCUCAUUGUCACCAUUUUAGAGAUCAUUGAGAACAAGGAGAUAAAACAACAAGCAGGACUUAGCUUUGCUGGUCUCAGAGGAGAGGUCUCUGUUGUGGAUCUUUUCCAGCUUAAAAUUGUGGAUGAGAAAACAUACAACAGUUUGGUCGUUGGAAAGAUGACAAGCGAAGAUGUGAUGAAAAUGGAAAGUGUGAGAAACUACCUACAAGGGAUUGGUUGCGUGGCUGGGGUGAUACUGCAACCCUCAAAUCAGAAGCUAAGCAUCUACGAGGCACAGAGAAUUGGCAUUCUCACACCUGGUACUGCUCUCUGCCUCCUUGAAGCACAAGCAGCCACAGGGUUCAUUGUUGAUCCUCUGAAAAACAAAAAACUUACGGUGGAACAAGCUCUCAGAGAGAAGGUGGUUGGUCCACAGAUGCAUGAAAAGCUUUUGUCUGCAGAGAGGGCUGUCACUGGUUACAGAGAUCCAUACACUGGUGAAAAGAUCUCACUUUUCCAAGCCUUGCAAAAGGAUCUAAUUGUCAAGCAGCAUGCCAUUCGUUUACUUGAGGCCCAGAUUGCUACAGGCGGUAUCAUUGAUCCUUUGAAGUGUCUUCACUUGCCCCUUGAGGUUGCAUACAGGAAAGGUUAUUUUGAUGCAGAACUUAAUCAGAUCCUAUCAGACCCAACUGAUGACACAAAGGGCUUUUUUGACCCAAAGACACAAGACAAUCUGACAUACAUGGAGAUGAUGGGUAGAUGUGUAAAAGAUAAGGAAACAGGACUGUUUCUUCUGCCGCUGAAUGACAAACCAACAGCUACGGGAACAAAGGCAAAUAUGUACACUAACACAGAGAUAAAGCAAGAGUUUGAAAAGACAGCCGUGAGCUUAUCAGUAGCAAGUUACGCAGGUAAAUCAGUUUCUCUGUGGGACUUGAUUCACUCUGGGUACUUCACUGAGGAUCAGCAGCUUGAAUUCCUGGAAAAUUACAGAACAAGGAAGAUAACAACACAAACCAUAAUCACAAUAGUGAUUUCCACCAUUGAAAAAUUGGAGAAUGAAACUCCCAAAAUGAUAAGGGGCCUGAGAAAACCUGUCUCUGCCCAACAACUACUGGAUGCUGAUAUCAUUGAUGCAGAUACAUUCAAACAGGUGAAAGAAGGAAAACUCACUCUUGAGGCACUAAUCCAACGUGAACCUUUGAGAGGAUACCUGAGGGGAACUGGGAGCAUUGCUGGAAUUAAGGUUCAUCCAUCCCAGAAAAUAAUGAGCAUAUAUGAUGCAAAAAAGGAAGAUCUGUUGACACCUGGCAUUGCGCUUUUACUGCUUGAAGCGCAAGCUGCAACAGGAUGGAUCAUUGAUCCUUUAAAAAACAAGUUAUAUGAUGUUGAUGAGGCAGCAAGAGAGAAAGUAAUUGGACCAGAUGUACAUGAACAACUUCUCUCAGCAGAACGAGCUGUCACUGGCUAUAAAGAUCCAUACACAGAUGCAACAAUAUCACUGUUUGAAGCCAUGGUUGAACAGCUGAUUCAAAGAAGUGAUGGCAUUCGUCUUCUUGAGACACAGAUAGCAACUGGAGGAGUCAUUGACCCAAAUCAAAGUCACAGGCUUCCAAUUCAUGUUGCUGUUAAAAAGGGAUAUCUAGAUGAAGAAAUAAGAAAAACUCUGUUGGACCCCACUGGUGAUGCUAAGGGAUUCUUUGACCCCAACAACAAAGAAAACCUUUCUUACCUUCAGCUGAUAAAGCGAUGUGAGAAAGAUCCUGAAACAGGGCUACUUCUUCUACCCCUGUAUCAAGAAAAGUCUCAGGAAUUUCACACAGACGAGCAAAUCGAGCUUGCAUUCAAAAACAAAACUAUUGCCAUGAAUGCAGGGAAAUUCAAAGACAAAAAGGUGACAUUAUGGGAAGUGUUGCUCUCUGAAUACAUAUCAGAACAGAAAAGGGAACAGCUCAUACAACAAUAUAAGACAGGAGCCAUGAAAAUGGAGGAAAUCAUUGAAAUACUCACCGUCAUCAUUACAGAGGUAUCAUCCAAAGAAAGAAAGUUCAAAGGACUAAGAAAGCAGGUCUCAGCCAGUGAGUUGUAUGAGUCAAAGAUUAUCUCAAAGGAGCUUUUCAGACAGAUUAUACAGGGGGACGUAACUGAAGACAAUGUUAACCAAAUGGAAUCCAUUCAGAAGUACCUUGGAGCUACUAACUGUAUAGCAGGUGUCAGAGUUGAGUCUACAAAGAAGGUUAUGAGCAUCUACGAAGCCAAAACCAAAAGCCUGCUGACCCCUGGUACUUCUCUUGUGCUGCUGGAGGCACAAGCUGCAACUGGUUUUGUCAUCGACCCGGUGAACAAUAAGAAACUUUCCGUAGAGGAAGCUGUAGCUCAAGGAGUGGUUGGCAGUGAGUGGAAAAAGAAAUUGCUUUCAGCAGAACGAGCAGUUACAGGAUACAAAGAUCCCUACACUGGAGACACAAUUUCCUUGUUCCAGGCCUUGAAAAAAGAUCUCAUUGUCAAAGAUCAUGGAAUCCGUCUCCUUGAAGCACAAAUUGCCACCGGAGGCAUAAUUGACCCGGUUUACAGUCACAGAGUGCCUGUGCAGGUGGCAUACCAAAGAUGUUACUUUGAUGAAGAAAUGAACCAGAUUCUGUCUGACCCUGAUGACGACACCAAGGGCUUCUUUGAUCCUAACACUCAAGAGAACCUCACCUAUCUUCAACUGGUCGAAAGGUGUAUCACAGAUCCAAUCACAGGCCUUAGCUUACUGGUGAUUGCGAAGAAAGGCGAGUUUUACUUCUUUGUUGAUGAGGCAACAAAACUCAUUCUGAAAUCUACAACUACAACUAGAGCAGGAGGGAAAUAUCAAGGAACAACAGUGUCUCUGUGGGAUCUGCUCUACUCCAAAUACAUCUCUGAGGAGAAGAGGAGAGAGUUUGUGCAGCAGUAUAAGUCUGGAUCAAUCACAAUCGAACGUUUCUUGGAGCUCAUCCUGACAAUCAUUCAGCAGCAGACCACAACAACAACUAAAACUAUCACCACCACUACAGUCACAGAGACAAAGGAAGUUGAAAGCUUCCAUGGAAUCAGAAAGGACGUCACUGCUACAGAGUUGCUUGAAUCAAAAAUCAUCAAUGAGGACCUCUACAAAAAUCUUACUGCUGGGAAUGUCACAGUGUCAGAAGUAAGUGAAAUGGAGUCAGUGCGUAAGUACCUUGAAGGGACCAACAGCAUUGCAGGAGUGUACCUGCAGUCCACCAAACAGACCCUAAGCAUCUAUGAGGCCAAAAGCAAAACCCUGCUGACUCCUGGUACUUCUCUGGUUCUGCUGGAGGCCCAAGCUGCCACUGGCUUUGUCAUUGAUCCGGUGAAAAACAAGAAACUUUCUGUAGAGGACGCUGUAGCUCAAGGACUGGUUGGCAGUGAGUGGAAAAACAAGCUGCUUUCAGCAGAACGAGCAGUUACAGGAUACAAAGAUCCCUACACUGGACACACAAUUUCCUUGUUCCAGGCCUUGAAAAAAGAUCUCAUUGUCAAAGAUCAUGGAAUCCGUCUCCUUGAAGCACAAAUUGCCACCGGAGGCAUAAUUGACCCGGUUUACAGUCACAGAGUGCCUGUGCAGGUGGCAUACCAAAGAUGUUACUUUGAUGAAGAAAUGAACCAGAUUCUGUCUGACCCUGAUGACGACACCAAGGGCUUCUUUGAUCCUAACACUCAAGAGAACCUCACCUAUCUUCAACUGGUCGAAAGGUGUAUCACAGAUCCAAUCACAGGCCUUAGCUUACUGGUGAUUGCGAAGAAAGGCGAGUUUUACUUCUUUGUUGAUGAGGCAACAAAACUCAUUCUGAAAUCUACAACUACAACUAGAGCAGGAGGGAAAUAUCAAGGAACAACAGUGUCUCUGUGGGAUCUGCUCUACUCCAAAUACAUCUCUGAGGAGAAGAGGAGAGAGUUUGUGCAGCAGUAUAAGUCUGGAUCAAUCACAAUCGAACGUUUCUUGGAGCUCAUCCUGACAAUCAUUCAGCAGCAGACCACAACAACAACUAAAACUAUCACCACCACUACAGUCACAGAGACAAAUGAAGUUGAAAGCUUCCAUGGAAUCAGAAAGGACGUCACUGCUACAGAGUUGCUUGAAUCAAAAAUCAUCAAUGAGGACCUCUACAAAAAUCUUACUGCUGGGAAUGUCACAGUGUCAGAAGUAAGUGAAAUGGAGUCAGUGCGUAAGUACCUUGAAGGGACCAACAGCAUUGCAGGAGUGUACCUGCAGUCCACCAAACAGACCCUAAGCAUCUAUGAGGCCAAAAGCAAAACCCUGCUGACUCCUGGUACUUCUCUGGUUCUGCUGGAGGCCCAAGCUGCCACUGGCUUUGUCAUUGAUCCGGUGAAAAACAAGAAACUUUCUGUAGAGGACGCUGUAGCUCAAGGACUGGUUGGCAGUGAGUGGAAAAACAAGCUGCUUUCAGCAGAACGAGCAGUUACAGGAUACAAAGAUCCCUACACUGGACACACAAUUUCCUUGUUCCAGGCCUUGAAAAAAGAUCUCAUUGUCAAAGAUCAUGGAAUCCGUCUCCUUGAAGCACAAAUUGCCACCGGAGGCAUAAUUGACCCGGUUUACAGUCACAGAGUGCCUGUGCAGGUGGCAUACCAAAGAUGUUACUUUGAUGAAGAAAUGAACCAGAUUCUGUCUGACCCUGAUGACGACACCAAGGGCUUCUUUGAUCCUAACACUCAAGAGAACCUCACCUAUCUUCAACUGGUCGAAAGGUGUAUCACAGAUCCAAUCACAGGCCUUAGCUUACUGGUGAUUGCGAAGAAAGGCGAGUUUUACUUCUUUGUUGAUGAGGCAACAAAACUCAUUCUGAAAUCUACAACUACAACUAGAGCAGGAGGGAAAUAUCAAGGAACAACAGUGUCUCUGUGGGAUCUGCUCUACUCCAAAUACAUCUCUGAGGAGAAGAGGAGAGAGUUUGUGCAGCAGUAUAAGUCUGGAUCAAUCACAAUCGAACGUUUCUUGGAGCUCAUCCUGACAAUCAUUCAGCAGCAGACCACAACAACAACUAAAACUAUCACCACCACUACAGUCACAGAGACAAAUGAAGUUGAAAGCUUCCAUGGAAUCAGAAAGGACGUCACUGCUACAGAGUUGCUUGAAUCAAAAAUCAUCAAUGAGGACCUCUACAAAAAUCUUACUGCUGGGAAUGUCACAGUGUCAGAAGUAAGUGAAAUGGAGUCAGUGCGUAAGUACCUUGAAGGGACCAACAGCAUUGCAGGAGUGUACCUGCAGUCCACCAAACAGACCCUAAGCAUCUAUGAGGCCAAAAGCAAAACCCUGCUGACUCCUGGUACUUCUCUGGUUCUGCUGGAGGCCCAAGCUGCCACUGGCUUUGUCAUUGAUCCGGUGAAAAACAAGAAACUUUCUGUAGAGGACGCUGUAGCUCAAGGACUGGUUGGCAGUGAGUGGAAAAACAAGCUGCUUUCAGCAGAACGAGCAGUUACAGGAUACAAAGAUCCCUACACUGGACACACAAUUUCCUUGUUCCAGGCCUUGAAAAAAGAUCUCAUUGUCAAAGAUCAUGGAAUCCGUCUCCUUGAAGCACAAAUUGCCACCGGAGGCAUAAUUGACCCGGUUUACAGUCACAGAGUGCCUGUGCAGGUGGCAUACCAAAGAUGUUACUUUGAUGAAGAAAUGAACCAGAUUCUGUCUGACCCUGAUGACGACACCAAGGGCUUCUUUGAUCCUAACACUCAAGAGAACCUCACCUAUCUUCAACUGGUCGAAAGGUGUAUCACAGAUCCAAUCACAGGCCUUAGCUUACUGGUGAUUGCGAAGAAAGGCGAGUUUUACUUCUUUGUUGAUGAGGCAACAAAACUCAUUCUGAAAUCUACAACUACAACUAGAGCAGGAGGGAAAUAUCAAGGAACAACAGUGUCUCUGUGGGAUCUGCUCUACUCCAAAUACAUCUCUGAGGAGAAGAGGAGAGAGUUUGUGCAGCAGUAUAAGUCUGGAUCAAUCACAAUCGAACGUUUCUUGGAGCUCAUCCUGACAAUCAUUCAGCAGCAGACCACAACAACAACUAAAACUAUCACCACCACUACAGUCACAGAGACAAAUGAAGUUGAAAGCUUCCAUGGAAUCAGAAAGGACGUCACUGCUACAGAGUUGCUUGAAUCAAAAAUCAUCAAUGAGGACCUCUACAAAAAUCUUACUGCUGGGAAUGUCACAGUGUCAGAAGUAAGUGAAAUGGAGUCAGUGCGUAAGUACCUUGAAGGGACCAACAGCAUUGCAGGAGUGUACCUGCAGUCCACCAAACAGACCCUAAGCAUCUAUGAGGCCAAAAGCAAAACCCUGCUGACUCCUGGUACUUCUCUGGUUCUGCUGGAGGCCCAAGCUGCCACUGGCUUUGUCAUUGAUCCGGUGAAAAACAAGAAACUUUCUGUAGAGGACGCUGUAGCUCAAGGACUGGUUGGCAGUGAGUGGAAAAACAAGCUGCUUUCAGCAGAACGAGCAGUUACAGGAUACAAAGAUCCCUACACUGGACACACAAUUUCCUUGUUCCAGGCCUUGAAAAAAGAUCUCAUUGUCAAAGAUCAUGGAAUCCGUCUCCUUGAAGCACAAAUUGCCACCGGAGGCAUAAUUGACCCGGUUUACAGUCACAGAGUGCCUGUGCAGGUGGCAUACCAAAGAUGUUACUUUGAUGAAGAAAUGAACCAGAUUCUGUCUGACCCUGAUGACGACACCAAGGGCUUCUUUGAUCCUAACACUCAAGAGAACCUCACCUAUCUUCAACUGGUCGAAAGGUGUAUCACAGAUCCAAUCACAGGCCUUAGCUUACUGGUGAUUGCGAAGAAAGGCGAGUUUUACUUCUUUGUUGAUGAGGCAACAAAACUCAUUCUGAAAUCUACAACUACAACUAGAGCAGGAGGGAAAUAUCAAGGAACAACAGUGUCUCUGUGGGAUCUGCUCUACUCCAAAUACAUCUCUGAGGAGAAGAGGAGAGAGUUUGUGCAGCAGUAUAAGUCUGGAUCAAUCACAAUCGAACGUUUCUUGGAGCUCAUCCUGACAAUCAUUCAGCAGCAGACCACAACAACAACUAAAACUAUCACCACCACUACAGUCACAGAGACAAAUGAAGUUGAAAGCUUCCAUGGAAUCAGAAAGGACGUCACUGCUACAGAGUUGCUUGAAUCAAAAAUCAUCAAUGAGGACCUCUACAAAAAUCUUACUGCUGGGAAUGUCACAGUGUCAGAAGUAAGUGAAAUGGAGUCAGUGCGUAAGUACCUUGAAGGGACCAACAGCAUUGCAGGAGUGUACCUGCAGUCCACCAAACAGACCCUAAGCAUCUAUGAGGCCAAAAGCAAAACCCUGCUGACUCCUGGUACUUCUCUGGUUCUGCUGGAGGCCCAAGCUGCCACUGGCUUUGUCAUUGAUCCGGUGAAAAACAAGAAACUUUCUGUAGAGGACGCUGUAGCUCAAGGACUGGUUGGCAGUGAGUGGAAAAACAAGCUGCUUUCAGCAGAACGAGCAGUUACAGGAUACAAAGAUCCCUACACUGGACACACAAUUUCCUUGUUCCAGGCCUUGAAAAAAGAUCUCAUUGUCAAAGAUCAUGGAAUCCGUCUCCUUGAAGCACAAAUUGCCACCGGAGGCAUAAUUGACCCGGUUUACAGUCACAGAGUGCCUGUGCAGGUGGCAUACCAAAGAUGUUACUUUGAUGAAGAAAUGAACCAGAUUCUGUCUGACCCUGAUGACGACACCAAGGGCUUCUUUGAUCCUAACACUCAAGAGAACCUCACCUAUCUUCAACUGGUCGAAAGGUGUAUCACAGAUCCAAUCACAGGCCUUAGCUUACUGGUGAUUGCGAAGAAAGGCGAGUUUUACUUCUUUGUUGAUGAGGCAACAAAACUCAUUCUGAAAUCUACAACUACAACUAGAGCAGGAGGGAAAUAUCAAGGAACAACAGUGUCUCUGUGGGAUCUGCUCUACUCCAAAUACAUCUCUGAGGAGAAGAGGAGAGAGUUUGUGCAGCAGUAUAAGUCUGGAUCAAUCACAAUCGAACGUUUCUUGGAGCUCAUCCUGACAAUCAUUCAGCAGCAGACCACAACAACAACUAAAACUAUCACCACCACUACAGUCACAGAGACAAAUGAAGUUGAAAGCUUCCAUGGAAUCAGAAAGGACGUCACUGCUACAGAGUUGCUUGAAUCAAAAAUCAUCAAUGAGGACCUCUACAAAAAUCUUACUGCUGGGAAUGUCACAGUGUCAGAAGUAAGUGAAAUGGAGUCAGUGCGUAAGUACCUUGAAGGGACCAACAGCAUUGCAGGAGUGUACCUGCAGUCCACCAAACAGACCCUAAGCAUCUAUGAGGCCAAAAGCAAAACCCUGCUGACUCCUGGUACUUCUCUGGUUCUGCUGGAGGCCCAAGCUGCCACUGGCUUUGUCAUUGAUCCGGUGAAAAACAAGAAACUUUCUGUAGAGGACGCUGUAGCUCAAGGACUGGUUGGCAGUGAGUGGAAAAACAAGCUGCUUUCAGCAGAACGAGCAGUUACAGGAUACAAAGAUCCCUACACUGGACACACAAUUUCCUUGUUCCAGGCCUUGAAAAAAGAUCUCAUUGUCAAAGAUCAUGGAAUCCGUCUCCUUGAAGCACAAAUUGCCACCGGAGGCAUAAUUGACCCGGUUUACAGUCACAGAGUGCCUGUGCAGGUGGCAUACCAAAGAUGUUACUUUGAUGAAGAAAUGAACCAGAUUCUGUCUGACCCUGAUGACGACACCAAGGGCUUCUUUGAUCCUAACACUCAAGAGAACCUCACCUAUCUUCAACUGGUCGAAAGGUGUAUCACAGAUCCAAUCACAGGCCUUAGCUUACUGGUGAUUGCGAAGAAAGGCGAGUUUUACUUCUUUGUUGAUGAGGCAACAAAACUCAUUCUGAAAUCUACAACUACAACUAGAGCAGGAGGGAAAUAUCAAGGAACAACAGUGUCUCUGUGGGAUCUGCUCUACUCCAAAUACAUCUCUGAGGAGAAGAGGAGAGAGUUUGUGCAGCAGUAUAAGUCUGGAUCAAUCACAAUCGAACGUUUCUUGGAGCUCAUCCUGACAAUCAUUCAGCAGCAGACCACAACAACAACUAAAACUAUCACCACCACUACAGUCACAGAGACAAAUGAAGUUGAAAGCUUCCAUGGAAUCAGAAAGGACGUCACUGCUACAGAGUUGCUUGAAUCAAAAAUCAUCAAUGAGGACCUCUACAAAAAUCUUACUGCUGGGAAUGUCACAGUGUCAGAAGUAAGUGAAAUGGAGUCAGUGCGUAAGUACCUUGAAGGGACCAACAGCAUUGCAGGAGUGUACCUGCAGUCCACCAAACAGACCCUAAGCAUCUAUGAGGCCAAAAGCAAAACCCUGCUGACUCCUGGUACUUCUCUGGUUCUGCUGGAGGCCCAAGCUGCCACUGGCUUUGUCAUUGAUCCGGUGAAAAACAAGAAACUUUCUGUAGAGGACGCUGUAGCUCAAGGACUGGUUGGCAGUGAGUGGAAAAACAAGCUGCUUUCAGCAGAACGAGCAGUUACAGGAUACAAAGAUCCCUACACUGGACACACAAUUUCCUUGUUCCAGGCCUUGAAAAAAGAUCUCAUUGUCAAAGAUCAUGGAAUCCGUCUCCUUGAAGCACAAAUUGCCACCGGAGGCAUAAUUGACCCGGUUUACAGUCACAGAGUGCCUGUGCAGGUGGCAUACCAAAGAUGUUACUUUGAUGAAGAAAUGAACCAGAUUCUGUCUGACCCUGAUGACGACACCAAGGGCUUCUUUGAUCCUAACACUCAAGAGAACCUCACCUAUCUUCAACUGGUCGAAAGGUGUAUCACAGAUCCAAUCACAGGCCUUAGCUUACUGGUGAUUGCGAAGAAAGGCGAGUUUUACUUCUUUGUUGAUGAGGCAACAAAACUCAUUCUGAAAUCUACAACUACAACUAGAGCAGGAGGGAAAUAUCAAGGAACAACAGUGUCUCUGUGGGAUCUGCUCUACUCCAAAUACAUCUCUGAGGAGAAGAGGAGAGAGUUUGUGCAGCAGUAUAAGUCUGGAUCAAUCACAAUCGAACGUUUCUUGGAGCUCAUCCUGACAAUCAUUCAGCAGCAGACCACAACAACAACUAAAACUAUCACCACCACUACAGUCACAGAGACAAAUGAAGUUGAAAGCUUCCAUGGAAUCAGAAAGGACGUCACUGCUACAGAGUUGCUUGAAUCAAAAAUCAUCAAUGAGGACCUCUACAAAAAUCUUACUGCUGGGAAUGUCACAGUGUCAGAAGUAAGUGAAAUGGAGUCAGUGCGUAAGUACCUUGAAGGGACCAACAGCAUUGCAGGAGUGUACCUGCAGUCCACCAAACAGACCCUAAGCAUCUAUGAGGCCAAAAGCAAAACCCUGCUGACUCCUGGUACUUCUCUGGUUCUGCUGGAGGCCCAAGCUGCCACUGGCUUUGUCAUUGAUCCGGUGAAAAACAAGAAACUUUCUGUAGAGGACGCUGUAGCUCAAGGACUGGUUGGCAGUGAGUGGAAAAACAAGCUGCUUUCAGCAGAACGAGCAGUUACAGGAUACAAAGAUCCCUACACUGGACACACAAUUUCCUUGUUCCAGGCCUUGAAAAAAGAUCUCAUUGUCAAAGAUCAUGGAAUCCGUCUCCUUGAAGCACAAAUUGCCACCGGAGGCAUAAUUGACCCGGUUUACAGUCACAGAGUGCCUGUGCAGGUGGCAUACCAAAGAUGUUACUUUGAUGAAGAAAUGAACCAGAUUCUGUCUGACCCUGAUGACGACACCAAGGGCUUCUUUGAUCCUAACACUCAAGAGAACCUCACCUAUCUUCAACUGGUCGAAAGGUGUAUCACAGAUCCAAUCACAGGCCUUAGCUUACUGGUGAUUGCGAAGAAAGGCGAGUUUUACUUCUUUGUUGAUGAGGCAACAAAACUCAUUCUGAAAUCUACAACUACAACUAGAGCAGGAGGGAAAUAUCAAGGAACAACAGUGUCUCUGUGGGAUCUGCUCUACUCCAAAUACAUCUCUGAGGAGAAGAGGAGAGAGUUUGUGCAGCAGUAUAAGUCUGGAUCAAUCACAAUCGAACGUUUCUUGGAGCUCAUCCUGACAAUCAUUCAGCAGCAGACCACAACAACAACUAAAACUAUCACCACCACUACAGUCACAGAGACAAAUGAAGUUGAAAGCUUCCAUGGAAUCAGAAAGGACGUCACUGCUACAGAGUUGCUUGAAUCAAAAAUCAUCAAUGAGGACCUCUACAAAAAUCUUACUGCUGGGAAUGUCACAGUGUCAGAAGUAAGUGAAAUGGAGUCAGUGCGUAAGUACCUUGAAGGGACCAACAGCAUUGCAGGAGUGUACCUGCAGUCCACCAAACAGACCCUAAGCAUCUAUGAGGCCAAAAGCAAAACCCUGCUGACUCCUGGUACUUCUCUGGUUCUGCUGGAGGCCCAAGCUGCCACUGGCUUUGUCAUUGAUCCGGUGAAAAACAAGAAACUUUCUGUAGAGGACGCUGUAGCUCAAGGACUGGUUGGCAGUGAGUGGAAAAACAAGCUGCUUUCAGCAGAACGAGCAGUUACAGGAUACAAAGAUCCCUACACUGGACACACAAUUUCCUUGUUCCAGGCCUUGAAAAAAGAUCUCAUUGUCAAAGAUCAUGGAAUCCGUCUCCUUGAAGCACAAAUUGCCACCGGAGGCAUAAUUGACCCGGUUUACAGUCACAGAGUGCCUGUGCAGGUGGCAUACCAAAGAUGUUACUUUGAUGAAGAAAUGAACCAGAUUCUGUCUGACCCUGAUGACGACACCAAGGGCUUCUUUGAUCCUAACACUCAAGAGAACCUCACCUAUCUUCAACUGGUCGAAAGGUGUAUCACAGAUCCAAUCACAGGCCUUAGCUUACUGGUGAUUGCGAAGAAAGGCGAGUUUUACUUCUUUGUUGAUGAGGCAACAAAACUCAUUCUGAAAUCUACAACUACAACUAGAGCAGGAGGGAAAUAUCAAGGAACAACAGUGUCUCUGUGGGAUCUGCUCUACUCCAAAUACAUCUCUGAGGAGAAGAGGAGAGAGUUUGUGCAGCAGUAUAAGUCUGGAUCAAUCACAAUCGAACGUUUCUUGGAGCUCAUCCUGACAAUCAUUCAGCAGCAGACCACAACAACAACUAAAACUAUCACCACCACUACAGUCACAGAGACAAAUGAAGUUGAAAGCUUCCAUGGAAUCAGAAAGGACGUCACUGCUACAGAGUUGCUUGAAUCAAAAAUCAUCAAUGAGGACCUCUACAAAAAUCUUACUGCUGGGAAUGUCACAGUGUCAGAAGUAAGUGAAAUGGAGUCAGUGCGUAAGUACCUUGAAGGGACCAACAGCAUUGCAGGAGUGUACCUGCAGUCCACCAAACAGACCCUAAGCAUCUAUGAGGCCAAAAGCAAAACCCUGCUGACUCCUGGUACUUCUCUGGUUCUGCUGGAGGCCCAAGCUGCCACUGGCUUUGUCAUUGAUCCGGUGAAAAACAAGAAACUUUCUGUAGAGGACGCUGUAGCUCAAGGACUGGUUGGCAGUGAGUGGAAAAACAAGCUGCUUUCAGCAGAACGAGCAGUUACAGGAUACAAAGAUCCCUACACUGGACACACAAUUUCCUUGUUCCAGGCCUUGAAAAAAGAUCUCAUUGUCAAAGAUCAUGGAAUCCGUCUCCUUGAAGCACAAAUUGCCACCGGAGGCAUAAUUGACCCGGUUUACAGUCACAGAGUGCCUGUGCAGGUGGCAUACCAAAGAUGUUACUUUGAUGAAGAAAUGAACCAGAUUCUGUCUGACCCUGAUGACGACACCAAGGGCUUCUUUGAUCCUAACACUCAAGAGAACCUCACCUAUCUUCAACUGGUCGAAAGGUGUAUCACAGAUCCAAUCACAGGCCUUAGCUUACUGGUGAUUGCGAAGAAAGGCGAGUUUUACUUCUUUGUUGAUGAGGCAACAAAACUCAUUCUGAAAUCUACAACUACAACUAGAGCAGGAGGGAAAUAUCAAGGAACAACAGUGUCUCUGUGGGAUCUGCUCUACUCCAAAUACAUCUCUGAGGAGAAGAGGAGAGAGUUUGUGCAGCAGUAUAAGUCUGGAUCAAUCACAAUCGAACGUUUCUUGGAGCUCAUCCUGACAAUCAUUCAGCAGCAGACCACAACAUCAACUAAAACUAUCACCACCACUACAGUCACAGAGACAAAUGAAGUUGAAAGCUUCCAUGGAAUCAGAAAGGACGUCACUGCUACAGAGUUGCUUGAAUCAAAAAUCAUCAAUGAGGACCUCUACAAAAAUCUUACUGCUGGGAAUGUCACAGUGUCAGAAGUAAGUGAAAUGGAGUCAGUGCGUAAGUACCUUGAAGGGACCAACAGCAUUGCAGGAGUGUACCUGCAGUCCACCAAACAGACCCUAAGCAUCUAUGAGGCCAAAAGCAAAACCCUGCUGACUCCUGGUACUUCUCUGGUUCUGCUGGAGGCCCAAGCUGCCACUGGCUUUGUCAUUGAUCCGGUGAAAAACAAGAAACUUUCUGUAGAGGACGCUGUAGCUCAAGGACUGGUUGGCAGUGAGUGGAAAAACAAGCUGCUUUCAGCAGAACGAGCAGUUACAGGAUACAAAGAUCCCUACACUGGACACACAAUUUCCUUGUUCCAGGCCUUGAAAAAAGAUCUCAUUGUCAAAGAUCAUGGAAUCCGUCUCCUUGAAGCACAAAUUGCCACCGGAGGCAUAAUUGACCCGGUUUACAGUCACAGAGUGCCUGUGCAGGUGGCAUACCAAAGAUGUUACUUUGAUGAAGAAAUGAACCAGAUUCUGUCUGACCCUGAUGACGACACCAAGGGCUUCUUUGAUCCUAACACUCAAGAGAACCUCACCUAUCUUCAACUGGUCGAAAGGUGUAUCACAGAUCCAAUCACAGGCCUUAGCUUACUGGUGAUUGCGAAGAAAGGCGAGUUUUACUUCUUUGUUGAUGAGGCAACAAAACUCAUUCUGAAAUCUACAACUACAACUAGAGCAGGAGGGAAAUAUCAAGGAACAACAGUGUCUCUGUGGGAUCUGCUCUACUCCAAAUACAUCUCUGAGGAGAAGAGGAGAGAGUUUGUGCAGCAGUAUAAGUCUGGAUCAAUCACAAUCGAACGUUUCUUGGAGCUCAUCCUGACAAUCAUUCAGCAGCAGACCACAACAACAAUCAUCUCAUCAUCAUCAAUCGUCAUGUGCCAACCACCAGAAACAAAAGUGGACAGCAGCACAACUAAAACUAUCACCACCACUACAGUCACAGAGACAAAUGAAGUUGAAAGCUUCCAUGGAAUCAGAAAGGACGUCACUGCUACAGAGUUGCUUGAAUCAAAAAUCAUCAAUGAGGACCUCUACAAAAAUCUUACUGCUGGGAAUGUCACAGUGUCAGAAGUAAGUGAAAUGGAGUCAGUGCGUAAGUACCUUGAAGGGACCAACAGCAUUGCAGGAGUGUACCUGCAGUCCACCAAACAGACCCUAAGCAUCUAUGAGGCCAAAAGCAAAACCCUGCUGACUCCUGGUACUUCUCUGGUUCUGCUGGAGGCCCAAGCUGCCACUGGCUUUGUCAUUGAUCCGGUGAAAAACAAGAAACUUUCUGUAGAGGACGCUGUAGCUCAAGGACUGGUUGGCAGUGAGUGGAAAAACAAGCUGCUUUCAGCAGAACGAGCAGUUACAGGAUACAAAGAUCCCUACACUGGACACACAAUUUCCUUGUUCCAGGCCUUGAAAAAAGAUCUCAUUGUCAAAGAUCAUGGAAUCCGUCUCCUUGAAGCACAAAUUGCCACCGGAGGCAUAAUUGACCCGGUUUACAGUCACAGAGUGCCUGUGCAGGUGGCAUACCAAAGAUGUUACUUUGAUGAAGAAAUGAACCAGAUUCUGUCUGACCCUGAUGACGACACCAAGGGCUUCUUUGAUCCUAACACUCAAGAGAACCUCACCUAUCUUCAACUGGUCGAAAGGUGUAUCACAGAUCCAAUCACAGGCCUUAGCUUACUGGUGAUUGCGAAGAAAGGCGAGUUUUACUUCUUUGUUGAUGAGGCAACAAAACUCAUUCUGAAAUCUACAACUACAACUAGAGCAGGAGGGAAAUAUCAAGGAACAACAGUGUCUCUGUGGGAUCUGCUCUACUCCAAAUACGUCUCUGAGGAGAAGAGGAGAGAGUUUGUGCAGCAGUAUAAGUCUGGAUCAAUCACAAUCGAACGUUUCUUGGAGCUCAUCCUGACAAUCAUUCAGCAGCAGACCUCAGCUGCUUGAGAGGUGUAUCACAGAUCCCUUCACAGGCCUAAGUUUACUCCCCUUACAUAGGUCAAGGAAAGUAAAGCUUUCUACAAUCAUUUACUCAUGUGUUUUGCUUGCAUUAUCAGAUUUCUUUACUGUGCUUUAUUAACUUAGAAGUGUAUUGUAUUCAGUACUAUUCAUCUUCUUAGUCACAAAAUAAGUUUACUGCCUUUUUACAAAAUGCAUUUCAAGUUGUUCUUUAAGGAACUUGACAGAAAAAUACAUACAUAUGAACGUACUAUACUGUGUUGAAUAAUGUUAGUGGCUAAAAUAGGAGCUAGAAAUGAAUUUUAGAAAAUGGUCAAUGCUAUUAUAGGAAGAUGUAUUUUGGUGACAAUUUUUGAUGACCAUGUACAUUACAGACCUUUCGACCCAAUUGUAAUUCAGCCAUUCUUUUAAUUCUAAAUCAACUUAACCAAAGAAAUUGAGAAUAAAUGAUCUAAAAACCUCUAAAUAGACUGCAGAAAUCGACACAUUUUCUCUAUCACUUAUAAAUUCUACAUAUAGGGACUUUAAUGCUUUUAGUUAUAAAUGUCAAAUGUCUGUUGUGAAAAAAUACACAAUACACAUACAAACACUAUAAAAUACAGUAGUGUGGCCUUUUUCUUUGCUUGAUUUCAUUUUCUUUGUAAUGACUUAAUUCUGAUCUUUUUUGACCAACAAAUGGCAGUAACUGAGGUUUGCAAUACUAAUUCAACCCUUAAUAAUGUUGUGUCGUUAUUUGUGUCAAUGCAUUCUAUUGUUUUUACAGUGAUUUUUACUAGAUGGGAUUCGGUUGAGCAUACUUUUACCUGGACUAUAGAAGCUUGACUUAGUUAUAUUUUGCAACAUUCAGGCAAAAGCUUUUCUUGCUGAAAUCUUUUGUUUCCCAAGUAGACAGUGUUGAUCUCACCUUUGUUUUUUUGUAUUAUUGCAAAACAUGUCCUGCUUAAACUGUUUCAUUGUGUUACCCAAUAAACAAGUGAGAUAUGUA